UUCUUCCUCAGGAGCAAAAUCCCCCACUUUCCUCCGCCAACAAGUUCAAAUCUUCUUCUCCACCAAACCCUAGUUCUCCCUCUCUCUCUCUCUCUCUCUCUCUCCUGUUUCCAUUUUCGAAUCAAUGGAGGUCGUCGCUUCGCAGGUCAUCGUCGGCGGUGGAGGUCUAGAGAAGCUAUGCGGAUCUCCAGCGGCUUCGGCGGAGGAUCCGUUGAACUGGGGAGCGGCGGCGGAGGAGAUGAAGGGGAGCCAUUUAGAGGAGGUGAAGAGGAUGGUGGAGGAGUUCCGGAGACCGGUGGUCAGGCUCGGCGGAGAGACGCUGACGAUCGGUCAGGUCGCGGCGAUCUCCGCCGCUGGGAACGACGGCGCCAAGGUCGAGCUGUCGGAGGCAGCGAGGGCCGGCGUGAAGGCGAGCAGCGAUUGGGUGAUGGAGAGCAUGAACAAAGGUACCGACAGUUAUGGCGUUACCACUGGAUUUGGCGCCACUUCUCACCGGAGGACUAAAAAUGGCGUCGCGCUCCAGAAGGAGCUUAUCAGAUUCCUGAACGCCGGAAUUUUCGGGAGCGCGGCGGAGAAAAGCCACACACUGCCGCACUCGGCCACGAGGGCCGCCAUGCUUGUUCGGAUCAACACACUCCUUCAAGGAUACUCAGGGAUCAGAUUUGAGAUACUAGAAGCCAUAACCAGUCUCCUUAACCACAACAUCGCUCCUUGUCUCCCUCUCCGCGGUACCAUCACCGCCUCUGGGGACCUCGUCCCCCUCUCCUACAUCGCCGGACUCCUCACCGGCCGUCCCAAUUCCAAGGCUACGGGUCCCAACGGCGAAACCCUAACCGCCGAAGAGGCUUUCAAAUUGGCCGGAAUCACCUCCGGGUUCUUCGAUCUCCAGCCCAAGGAAGGUCUCGCGCUCGUCAAUGGUACUGCGGUUGGAUCUGGUUUGGCGUCGAUGGUACUCUUCGAAGCGAACGUUCUCGCCGUUUUAGCCGAGGUUUUAUCGGCGAUCUUCGCGGAGGUGAUGACCGGGAAACCAGAGUUCACCGAUCAUUUGACUCAUAAGCUGAAGCAUCAUCCUGGGCAGAUCGAAGCGGCGGCGAUAAUGGAGCACAUCCUCGAUGGGAGCUCUUACAUGAAGCUUGCUCAGAAGAUCCAUGAGAUGGAUCCAUUGCAGAAGCCGAAACAGGACCGCUACGCUCUCCGUACGUCUCCGCAAUGGCUCGGCCCUCAGAUCGAAGUGAUUCGUCACGCGACCAAAUCGAUCGAGCGCGAGAUCAACUCCGUCAACGACAACCCAUUGAUCGAUGUCUCCAGGAACAAGGCGCUUCACGGCGGGAACUUUCAGGGAACACCGAUCGGAGUUUCCAUGGACAACUCUCGUCUCGCAAUCGCAGCCAUCGGUAAGCUCAUGUUCGCUCAGUUCUCCGAGCUCGUCAAUGACUUCUACAACAAUGGCCUCCCCUCCAAUCUCACCGCGGGAAGAAACCCAAGCUUGGAUUACGGUUUCAAAGGAGCGGAAAUCGCCAUGGCUUCCUACUGCUCCGAGCUUCAAUACCUUGCGAAUCCUGUAACCAGCCAUGUCCAAUCCGCAGAGCAACACAACCAGGACGUGAACUCCCUCGGACUUAUCUCAUCCCGCAAAACCGCGGAAGCCAUAGAGAUCCUGAAGCUAAUGUCGACGACUUACCUCGUCGCGUUGUGCCAAGCCGUGGAUCUGAGGCAUUUGGAGGAGAAUCUGAAACAAACAGUGAAGAACGCAGUUUCCCAAGUGGCGAAGAAGGUCUUGACAACAGGAAUCAAUGGCGAACUUCACCCAUCACGCUUCUGCGAGAAGGAUUUACUCAAGGUCGUGGAUCGCGAACACGUCUUCACCUACGCAGACGAUCCCUGCAACUCGACAUACCCAUUGAUCCAGAAACUGAGACAGAUCCUCGUGGACUACGCAUUAUCCAACGGCGAAAACGAGAAGAACGUGGCAGUAUCAAUCUUCCACAAGAUCGGAGCUUUCGAGGAGGAGCUUAAAAUGGUGUUACCAAAGGAAGUGGACGCCAUUAGAGCAGCGUACGAGGAAGGUACGAUGACAAUCCCGAACAGGAUCAAGGAAUGCAGGUCGUACCCAUUGUACAGAUUCGUGAGGGAAGAGUUGGGGACGGAGCUGCUCACCGGAGAGAAAGUCCGGUCGCCGGGAGAGGAGUUCGACAAGGUCUUCACGGCCAUGUGCGAAGGGAAGAUCAUUGAUCCCAUGAUGGAAUGUCUCAAGGAGUGGAACGGAGCCCCCAUCCCUAUAUCUUAGUGACCAAAAUUGUGUAACGAUUGGGAUUUGUAUCAUUUACAUUUUUAUAUUGUGUGUAGAAUUGGCCCAAGUUUACAAAGUAAUUUUCUGUUGUUGUUAAAUGCUUUAAAAAAAAAAAGAGAGAAUAAAAAUAUCAAACUCUUUGCCCCUCA